CUGCCCAUUGCGAUGAUUUAAUAAUGUCAACAUCAACAAUCCUGUAACUGAGUUCCCUUCACGAAUGGAAAGCAUGGAAGACAGUGGCAUAGAUAGCGAUCAAAAAUCUCAUGUAAGACUAUUUGGACCACAUGCCUUAUUCUAUAUAUAAUAUUAGCAAUAAAACAAACUAUGGUAGUUACUAUAAUUAUAAUUACUAAUUAUUAGUAUUAUAGAUACUUUGGUCAAAAAUGUUAACAUUUUUUAAAAAUAAACCAAUGGCACAGUUGAAUAGAGCUAAUUUUAAACAGAAUUAUAACACCAAAAUCAUAUUUUUAGCUGUUGUAGUUUUAAAGUUAUGAAUUUUUAAAGUACGACUUGGUUUGUCCUUUUUUAACAUGGACUGCAUCUCCACAUUCUGUGACCUCAUUCCGCCGAUCGCGUCAUGCGCAAUGACUAUAUAGUUUAUAUAAGGCUAAGGCAUUCCCUUAUCACUAUAAUACUGUUUAGGGUCGAUUUAUUUUAAACUUUCAACUUUGGCACAUGAAUAAUUAAUUAAAGCUUUCCCUGACCAAUGGUUUAAUAGUUUUUGCACAUGGCAAACACUUAUGAAUGAAACUCUGAGAUAGUACUACGAUAUAGCCGUUAUGCAAGUGGCUGUGAAUGGUUGCCAAUGACAACGUGUUGCACACGGAAAUUUCUGAUCAUUUAUAAUAUGGACUCUUUCUACAGGGUUUUUAAAGCUCAAAUUAAAACAUUCCAGUUUAAAUGUCUUCAAAAUGCAUUCUGAAACACAAGUUAUCAAAUAUUUUGAUGUAUAUAGUGGUAAUAAUUAAAUAUUUCUUAAGUAUCGGCAACUUCCGCCAUUAAAAAGGGGGCGUGGCCCACGCCAUGUCGAAAUAAGGCGGAGCCCCCUUAUGGUGAUAUGGGUCACUGGGAGAAGCGUAGCGAAUGUGGGACACGACCUACAUCAAUGAGAAUUGGCACAGAUAUAUAUCAAUAUCUGAUGCCUUACACGAUUUAAUAUGAAAGACAUGUUCCUUUUAUUUCACAAAAAAUUUUGUAUUCGAAGAUGCCUUAUAUAUACCAAAGAUUUUCAAAAUGAAGUUCGAUUGAAAAAAGCAAAAUAGUUGGAUGGAAAUGUAGGCCAAGAUGUCUUCCAAUUUAUAAGGCCGGAAACGGAACUCAAAUAUAUGUCCAAAGAACUAAUUUAAUAAUAAAUAGACACACACAUCGGAAAAUUAAAAACUCGGAUUUUUCGACGCCGACGCCCAUUUCCGAUACAAAAAAAGUAGUAGUCUCCCUUGUUUUAUCGAAGUAUCUAUAGUAUUAGUAUUGAUAUUACUAAUAUUUUUAGUAUUACUAGGUUUUCAUACUGGAUUCAUGGUAAUAGUUAAUGUUUUUAGUAUUUUUUAAAGUAAAACUUCACCUGUCCUGUAGUUCAUGUUGUCUGACUGUUACUGUUGUCCCAGCACUCACAAAUUACACCAAACUAAACACAACUCAAGUUUCAUUUUUCAGUACUGAGUAAGGCUUCUCAAGGCUUCUGCCUGCAGACUCCAUUCAAGCAAAGGCCAUGAGACAAUAUUGAGACAGUGUCAGACUGUUCUGAUAUAAUUUAAUUAGUCGUUUUUUUAAUUUUUAGGGAAGCUAGUUACUAGAUGAGAGAUACUGAUACAAAGCACUUCAGUGAAGCAAGGGAGACUACUAAAAAUAUGUAUUGGGAAUGGGUAGCAGCGCACAAAAAUCAGAGUUUAACAUUUUUUUAACGCUGGUGCUAAUUCAAUUUCAUUUAUAUUUACAAAAGAAUUAUUGGUAAAUUUAUGUUUAGUGUGCCACUCAUUUCCCACGGUUGCCUUCUUAGUUGCCAUGAUGUGUCAUGGCAACAAGAUGGCGGCAGUGUACAAAAAAAAUUGUCAUGCAAACACAGAGAAUGCAAACAGAGAAUUUGCUGUUUUAACUACUUACAGAAAGAAACAAAAAUAGAAACAAAACGUUAAAAUUUAAUCAACUAUUUUUUUCCCCAAAUACCUUCAAUCACCCAAUUUCCUAGUGUAAUUUCAGCUGCUAUAUUAAUUGUAUGGCAAACAUAGAAAUUUUUUUGAAUCACUCUAGAUAUGCGACAAGAAUGAUCUACAACCUGCCAUGGCUCACUUCCCUCAAAUAAAACACAUGUGCUACAGUUGCACACUGUCCUGUAGCCUUGCGUAAUUUCAGCUGGUACACGGAUAUCGUGGCAAUGUAGCAAUGUUAUUAUAUUCCUCUAGAUAUCCAGCAAGAAGUGUCAUGACCUGCGGUCGCUCCCUUUCCUCAACUCAAACACUCAUGCUACAAUUACACAUUAUCAUCAUCAGUGGCACUACAGCCCAUGUUGGGCCCUGGCCUGCUUCACCACAUCCUUCCAUUCAGAGCGAUCCAUGGCUUUACACCUCCAUGCGCGAACCCCCAACUGGUGUAUAUCCAUCUCCACAUCAUAUAUCCAUCUCAGCCUUGGGUGAUCGUGGAGUCAUCGGCUCCUAAGCUUCUGCCUUAUAUAACUUUUGCUGCUCUAUAUUCCGGCAUCCUUUCAACAUGUCCUGCCCAGUGUAGUCUGCCUUUUUUUAUCAUUGUUGACUAUGGGUGGGUCUUUAAACAAAUGGUAAAGUUCUUGGUUUGUACAACUUCUCCAGAUAUCAUUUUCUAUCACUGGGCCAUAUAUAUUUUUCGGAGGAUUUGCCUCUCCCAUGUGAGCAUGUUCUCUGCUUUUCUAGUAAGGGUCCAGGUCUCACUAGCGUACGUUACUACUGGUCGUAUGAUAGUGGUGUAUAUUGUCUUCUUUGUUCCCCUUGAGAGGUUUUUGCUUUUGUAGGCUUUUGUCCUUUCUUUCACCUCAGACAUUAUCUCAUUGUGCUCUCUUAUUGUUGCCCCUAGAUAUUUGAAUGUAGCCACUCUCUCAAAUUUGUGGUUGUUUGUAUUGAUGUUAUCAUCAGCAUGGGAGUUUCUGGACAUUAUCAUAUAUUUUGUCUUCGGUUCAUUUAUAUCAAGACCAGCUGUCACUGAGGUAUUUUCAAGUUGACUGAAUGCUUUAAUUAUGUCAUUACGGUUUCUACCAAGUAGCGCUAUAUCGUCUGCAUAUGCAAGGUACUGCAAUGGUUGGAUUUAUAAGGUUCCUGAUGGUUCUUGUUCUGUAAUACCUCAUUGGAAGUAGUUUGUUAUGGUUCUACUGGUGCUCUCGUGUAUGCUUUUAAUAACUUUUUUUAGCAUGAUGUUAAACAGGAUACAUGAUGGUGAGUCUCCUUGUCUGAGGUUCCGAUUAACUGGAAACUCCCUUGAGUAUUCUCCCUGCACCUUGAUUCUACUUUUGGAGUUGGCCAUUGUCAUAUGUAUGAGCCGAGUAAACAUGGUGGAGAUUACAUCUUUUAUUUCCUUUAAAGUUGGUUGGUUGACCAGUGGGUCCGGUCCUCCUUGUGGUGUAGCGUAAUCCUCAUUGGUUCCUCCACCUGAGCAAUUCGGUAAGCCUUCAAAGUGUUAUGCCCAUCUCUCUAGUACGGGACAACGCCGAGUAUCCCCACCGCCAGACUGUGCGGAAGUACGCCAGGAACCUCCCACCUGGCUUGGGGGACCUCCCGACGACUGAAAACGCUGCAUUUAUAACAUUCGUGGUCCUCUCUCCUUGGGUCUGAACGGCUUUGCUUUCUCUCUGGGAGAAAGGUGUUGCAUUACCUCCCCCCACUGUCCAGGGAGUUGUCCGGUCGGGACAUAAGCGGGGAUGAAAACGGUAGCCUAGGAGCGGCUUUCUCUAGUACUCUACUGCUCUCUGUGAUCAAUCCUCCAACCGUAUUUUUACAUGUGGGAUCUUGCUUGAAAGCCAUUCUUUUCCUGCUUUAUCUUCAGGUACUUUCCCCUCACAUCUCUUUCUUUUGCCAACUCUCCUAUCUCUACUAUUUUUUAUUUUUCCCAGACACGUUUUUUCUUUAUGCAAAUUUUGCUGGCCACCCUUCUUGCUUCAUAUAAUUGCUGUGUUCUUCUUGUCUCCCUUUUGCAGCAUCAUUAGCCGAGCUUUGUUUCUGUGUUCUAUAAAAUCUUUGCAUUCUGUGUCACACAUCCUGUUCUUUUCACUACCGGUUUAAAGAACAGGAUGGUAUGACACAGAAUGCAAAGAACUUAUAGAACAUAGAAACAAAGCUCUGCUAAUGUUACACACUGUGUUGAGAAAAGUGUAAAAUUUAAGAAAAACAAUACAAAAUGUUUUUAAAAUAAUGAAAAACCCAACUUAAAAUUUCAACAAAUGCACUUUUACACAUUUCAUUGCGGGUUUCACCAAAAAUAAAAUCCAAAAGUAGUCAGAAAAAUCUUUAGCCAUUCUAUGAUGCCGGAAAUAUUUAACUUCAUUUUAAAUAUUAGAACAAACCACCCAAUUAUAUAUUAAUUUACAACAUUCCAAAGGCGUAUUAAUAUCAAAGAAUAAAGAGAAGUGAGAGAAUCCUAAAAACAUACUAAAAUUGGCAUGUUGAAUGUAAAUUAGCCGCAUUAUUAUAUACCACAAUUGUGUUCUUUUUCCGUCCUUUUGCUUUGGAGGGCAUCUUUGCCUACAUUUCAAUUUAUUUCUUUUUUAUUACAAUCAGUCAACUUUGAGAAAAACUUUUGUAAAUAUAAGGCAACUUACAUCAUUAAGAUUAAGUCGAAUUAAAUAUUUUUCCUUUUCACUCUUUAUUAUGUCUAUUGAUCUACAAGUGGGACAAUUUCCAUACUAAUACUGAAAGUUAUCAUAAUUUCUGUGUGCAAAUUGUUAUCAUGGGAAACCAUUCAGUCAUUUGAAUCUGCUUAUACUACUAUAGUAUUAUCAUCAUAGUUUCAUUUAUAAGAGAUUGCUGCGUGCAAAAACUUUUAUAAUUAUUGGUUAGAGAAAGCUUUAAUUAAUUAGUCAUGUGCAAAAGUUGAAAGUUCAUAAUAAAAUAAGUAGUCCCACCCAGUAUUAUAUUUAGGGGGCUGCCUUGCCUUGCAUAGACCAUAAUAUAUAUAAUGGUAAUAUUAUAUUAUAAUAUAUAAUAUAUUACCAUGCUAGACUUGGUAAACAGAACAUCCAUAUUGUAAUUAUUAAAUUUACUGAUAAUGCAUAUUACAUAGGUAGUUAAUUUACAAUUUAAUUAUAAUUGCGUUAAAAUUAAUUAAAUAUUAAAAUUACAACUUUUAACAGUAAAUAAAAGUUGUAUAAAAUUAUAAUUUAAACAAGAGUUAUUGCGCAAUAUGUGGAGGUGCAGUCCAUAGAAAAAAAUUACAAACAAACUCGCACUUUAAUCAUUCGUAGCUCAAAAAGUACUAUGACCAGAAUGCUGAUUCUGGUUUCAUUUUUUAAAAUUUGAAGUUUGCUCUACACAACCUCAUAUUUUUAUAAUUUUUUUAGAAUUUAAAUUUUUUUUUAUCGAAUUACCUGCUGAGACCUUUUCCAAAAAUACACAACACUUACUCAUCCUUUGAUCAAAAGUAGAUAGAUAAAUUAUCAAUUUUCAUUCUCCCUACGAUAAGACAUACUUUUUUUAAAACUAGGAUAGACUGCAUCCUUUAGUCUUUCUUAGUAAGAGUUAUUAAGAGUUGAGAAAAAAAUAAUGACUAUUUAAUAAUCUUAAAAAUGAUCAUACAUGGUACUGUUAAUAAACAUUUUAAAAAAAUCCGUUGGUACUGGAAUUGAAGGUUUUUAGAAAUAUGAUCAGGUAUUUUAAGUUAUUACACAUGUUAAGUUAUAAUUAAUAAUAAUAACAAUGUAAUAAUGCACAGGAGUUAAUAGUAGUAAUCUUGAAAUUAAAUGAAAGGAAAUUUCAAAGUUCAAUGGGUAAUGUUUAAAAAAACAAACAGUCUCAUAUCCCAACCGUAACAUAUUUAAAAAAAAAAAUUCUAUUUGUGAAUUAUGUGUUGCAUUUAUUUAUUUUUUUCAGAAUGGUUAUCAACCAGUUCAGUCAUCAAUGAAGUCAUCCAGUUACAAAGCAUUGAAAAAAACAUCUGAAUUACAAAAGAAAAUAGGUACCAGAAUCCAUGUUAACAUAAACUAUUUUUUUAAUGAAGUCAUUGCAUGUGAUUGUAGUUUACACUGAGUGAUUCUGACAAGUUUUGCAGUAAAACGAAUAGCUAAGUGAAAAAAAAAGGGACUCAACACUUCCUGUCUAGGAGAGUACAUAAUAAUGAAAAAAUUGUUCUUUUUUUUUUAUAAUUGAAAUAAUGGAUUUUGUUCUCUUGAAUUUAGAACGUCAGAGGGAUCUGGCAAGAAGGUCUUUAGCAGCAUCAGUCUCUGAACAGCAGCAAAAAAAAUCCAGCAUUGUUUCCAGAUCAAGGUUUUUAUUAUUUAUUAAAUGUAUAAUAAAUGUAAAAUAAAAUUUUGUUUUUAAUCUUAAUUAUAACUAAUAAAUUCAACUAUAAAAUUCAAUUUCUCCUCAUUAAAAAAUGUUCCUUCUCAUCUUUCCACUUAGACUUACAGUUCCAAUAAACUACAGCAGAGUCACACAAAAAGAUAUUAACAUGGCAAGUUCAUCAACUGAUCAUCAACCUCUUGUAGCAAUUAUGUCAGAUGAAAGGUGGGUGAGGGUAUCAGCAAUCAGAUUUUUUAACAUUAUCUAAAAAAUAUUAUUGUUAUUCAAAUACAUUAUUACAUUUAUUAAACCAGCUUAAUGAAAACGCUUAGCAUCUAAUCUUUCCAUUAACUCUCAAAAGACUAGAUUUUUCAAUUUUUUAAUGACCUUGAAUAUAUCUUAUUCUUCAAAGUGUCUCAUGACUGUAAUUUUGUAGCUACCUCCAAGUAUUAUAUAUCAUUUUAAAGGUAAUUGGAUGCUCUUUAAUUGGUACUUGGUGUUUGUUCAAAAUAUCCUUGCUAAAUUUGAUGUUUUAUUAUUUUUAGGCAAAAAAAAAAAUUUUUUAAGUCGACAAAAACAUAACAUCACAGUUUUACAAAGAAGGAAAAAAAAAAGUGUUUCCAAUUAAAUCAAUAAAAUUGAUAAUUUAUUAGAAUGUGUUCAAUACUAUAAAACAUAUUCAAAUUUCAAAAGAAUAGACUCAUAAAUAAAAAAGUUAUGACUAUUUGUAGGCAACAGAUCAUUCAAGGAAAUAUUGCUCAAAAAGUCAAAAUUAUUUUUUAAAAAUAAUAAUAAUUUUUUUUCAAAGAUAAACAUAUACUGCAUCAUAUUAUCCUUUAGAGGGUUAUUAGUAAGUAUUAUUUGAGAAGAAAAGUUAAGAAAAAAGGCACAUUUCAAUAAAUAAACAUUUUUUAUGCAUCCCCGAGAUACCGAUCAAAGGAUAUAAUCCUUCGCCAAGACCAUGCAUAAAAAUUCUUGAAAACAAUUUCUUUAUUUAUUAAAACAUAAAAAUGUAUCAAAAAGAAAGCCUGUGACAUAUGCUCUGACCAUUUUACCCUGUUUUGGUAACCCACAAUUACAUUUUUUGUUAUUGUCAAUCAUUGUCAUGUUGCGGCGCACGAUGUAAAGAUUUCGGGCUUUACAGUAUCAGGUUUAUCAUCAAAUAUGUCAAUUGUUCCCUAAAUUGUUCAUUAAUUGCUACAUUUUCUUGAUGCUGAUACAGUUGAUUGUAUUUUGCAUUGAGAUACAGAAGUGUCUCCCAAUUUUGCACAGCAUGUUUCCUUUAUUUUCAGUAUCAGAAACUUUUAGGAAACUCAAUAUAGCCUUGAAUAUGUCCUUAGUACUAAUGGCCUUGCUCAUUGUCCAUCAUAAAAGGAUUUCCUGGACAUUUCUUGUAAAAUUAAGAGCUUGAUAAGUCCUGCAUUCAUAAUAAAUCCACUUAGUAGAUAAAACUCCCCUUCAAUGAUGUUAUAAUGGUACCAAUUUUUGAAAACACAAAAGUUCUGCGGUCCAUUGUCCUGCGCACAAGGCUUACUAAUAACCAACCAAAUCUGUAGUAAAGUAGAGGUUGAAAAUGUCAAUUUGCUUUUAAAAUCUCCUUAUAUCCUCUCUUGUUAUAACAUCAGGAAGCAAUAGUGCUUUUCACCUCUGGUCUAAAUGCAGCAAAGAGUCCCACAGUCUUUUGUCAUCAUAACCCAUUGUAUUGACUAUGUUUGACAUCUGCCCUUCAUAGAUGCUGUCAAAAUAUUAAAAAAAAAAUUAGUUUAGCUAAAAUAAAAAAAUUACAAUAUAAAUAAAAAGAAUUCAAAAUAAUAAACAAUCUGCCUAAAUUACUUUUACUUCAAGUUUUCAUUGAAAAGGGAACACAGCUGAUUGUUACAGUGUAAUAAUAGCCUUGGCCUUGAGAACCAUUGUUUACAUUUUGCUAACUGAAACGUAAUAAUAUUAAAAUAAUUGUAUAACUACAAAUUAGUUUCAAACAAAUAAAUAAUUUAAUCUAUUUAAGAAUUUUAUACUACUGGAACUUGAAUAAAACUAAUGUUAGGGCUAAUAAUAGUGCUAAGAAGUAUCACAGUAUGCGUGAGUUGAGUAUGAAUGAAAAAAGUAAACAAACCUUGGAUGCUAUUAUUAUGAUGAUAAUUUACACAAUUCUCGGUAUCAGACACAUCUGAAGUGCUAUCUUCAUCAAAAAUAUUCCUCUAAGUAAGAAUAGUUGUCCAUUUCAAGCUUAUAAUCAGAAUCAGAUUCCAUAGCAAUGUUUUAGAGUGUAGUAACAGUGAACCGGAAUUGUGGCAAAAUUUGAGUAAAUGGCGAAAAGGAAAAUUUAUGAAUGGACAAGUUGCUACCAGAUUUCUUCAAGAACUAGUAAAAUAAACGAUUUUUCUUUCUUGCCAAAUAGAAAUUUAACAUUCCAAAAUAGUAAAUCUUUAUUUUCGCCUUUUAAUAUUAUUUUUAUAUAUAUAUUAGUAAUAUUAGGGGUCCUUUUUUUCACCCGCCAUAUAUGACCGAUUUUUCAAUCUCCCGUCUUUUGAGAGUUAAACAUGGGCUUUUUGGAACUUUAAAUUCAUUUCUACUAAUGGUGUUUUUUGAAUCACAUUAUGUUGUUCAUUAACUGGUUAUUUUAGAGUACGGUAGCAUUAUAAUAAUAAAAGAGGCAUUUAUGAGAAGAACUUAUAGAAUCAAUAUUCUGAAUGUUUAAAUUAUCUAAACCUUUUUAUGAGUUUGAUAUGCACUUGUUAUUUUGCUUUAUUGUAGUGAAGAGGAUGAGUUUGAUUUACCAAGGUUACCUAAAGCAGCACACAAAGAGAUAACAGAACAGUUAAUCAAAGAUGGAUAUAACCUAGACCUUGAGCCUGAUGAUGAAGAUCUUGAUCUUAUACCUCCGAGGCCCUUAAAUGAGAGAUGUUCUUGCUGUAAUCUUCCGAGAACCUGUUUGAUUCAGUAGCUGUAUUUAACUUUAUCUUAGAAUUAUUUAUUUUCCCUGAAGAAAUUAAUUGUUAUCAAAAGGAGCAUGCAUGUAAAAAUUUAUGGUAAAGGGGAAAAUUUAACUGAUACUGACUUUUGUCAUCUCCACUGAGCAGAUUCUGCAACAUUUGUUAAGAUAAAUUAAUUAAUAUCCAUUCAUGUCUGCUGAGUUGCAAUUAGUUCUGACAAAGCUAAUUUAGAUAUACAUUGUCAUUAUUUUAUUUGAGUUUGAACUAUAACUAAUGGCUCAGAGCUGUACAUUUUCUUCUGAUCUUACAUCAAAUGAAAUCCAGAGUAGGCAAGUAUUUAUUUAAUCAU